AUGACCCCAGAGCAACUGAACUGGUCACAAAUGAAGAGUAAAUUCACUUUAGGUGUAGCUAUAAUAACAACUAUUGCAAACAAAGUAAAUGAAUACUGUCAUGAAAAGAGCCGCGUGUGCACCCCUUCCCAAGGGUCCUGUGUCUUCUUGGUGAUUGCCUUACUGCCCAGGAACAGAGGCCCUGAGCCCCGACUGAAGACCUCCCUGAGGGUGGAGAAUAAUCUGAAAGCCCGGGACCGCGAGCCGAACGCCAGCCACCGCGUGGGUCACGUCGCAGCAGCUUUGUCUUUCGGUAAAGAGCGCGGACGCAGCACCGCGCUGAAUUUGGUCCCUCUGGAGACGCCGUCCGGGCGCCCGCCUCGUUCAAAUCACGUGACCGAAUCUUUCGGUGAAGCAGGAAGCGUUUUGCUGCGGGGUCUAGGAUUGGGGCCGAUAGCGGGCGGGAUGGAAGCGACUUUGGAGCAACAUUUGGAGGACACAAUGAAGAAUCCAUCCAUUGUUGGAGUCCUGUGCACAGAUUCACAAGGACUUAAUCUGGGCUGUCGUGGUACCCUGUCAGAUGAGCAUGCUGGAGUGAUAUCUGUUCUAGCCCAGCAAGCAGCUAAGCUAACCUCUGACCCCACUGAUAUUCCUGUGGUCUGUUUAGAAUCAGAUAAUGGGAACAUUAUGAUCCAGAAACAUGAUGGCAUCACAGUGGCAGUGCACAAAAUGGCCUCUUGACGUCUCUCGUCAGUUCUCCAGCAGCCUGCCGUAGGGAUUCAGUCCUCCCUGUGUCAGUUCACUUGUGAAACUAUGGAAGUUCCAGAAGUUAGGCCAUUCACCUAAUGUCCACUGUGGACUUUGUUAUUUAUGUGACAGCCAGUUACAAGAUGUUAGUUGGAAAGGAUUGUAGGUGUUUUGUUUGGGCUUUUGUCAUUUUGCUCUUUGGAGACAGUCACUGCAGUCCAGUAUUGCAGCCCAUCAUUGCCUAGAACUGUGUAGCCCAGGCUGAUCUCAAACUCAUGGUCUUCCUGCUUCCAACUCCUGCAUCCUGUAUAGGCAUUUGUCACCAAGGUCCAGGUCAUUUUGUAUAUAGAACUUUGGUGUGGUCAAUAAAUCUAUUUAGAGGAAA